AUGGACCUUCUAAAAUUCAGUUCUUUAGCUAUAUCGGAAAUCAACUUCCUACAUGAGUCAUCUUUUGACUUGAUAGACCACGCUUGGUUUUUAUUAGUAGGCUGCAAACAGGAUCAAGAUGAUAAGAUUUACGUGCCAACCAAUGCUAAUGAAGCAGAGCUUCAAUGGUACAUUGAAAAGGUUAUACGAAUUCCGAUGCAGCGAAAUGACCAAAUCAAUCAGGAAAGCCUAAAAAAGAGAAUUAACCUAACAAAAGUCACUCAGAAGGACAUUUGUAUACUCGGUAUUCUAGAUUUAUAUCAAUUGGAACAGGACGAGAAUAUUAAUAAUGAGGUGACCAAAAAAGUACUUCUUCAAUUGGCCCCCUUAGCACUGAAAUAUCUGAUUAAAUAUAACGUGUUACACCGACAUGCAUCAUCCCAAGAAGUUAUCGAUUGUUUAAAGGGUUAUAAAAUUGAAGACGAAGUGCAGUUAGGCGAAGAAAUCAUCUUUGAUUUCCUACAGGAUAAAGUACAAAUCGAGGAUGUGAAUGACAGGUACCAAAUUAUCACACCGAAUAACGCCUUGCAUCCAGAUUUUGAUGAAUUUCAAUUAAUUGACAUGAAAGAUAAAGAAAUCAAUAUUCAAAAAUAUAACAAUAAUGCGAUAAGAAAACUACUCGAAAAGAUCAAUCGAAUGAUAAUGUUCUUAAAGGAUUAUGACGCCAAUGACAAAUCUUUCUCUGCCACACGAGAUGUAAUACUUCGAAAGAUAUCAAUGCUUGUAACACAACUAAAAAGAGGCGGAACAAAUGAUAUGAACUACCUGCUUGAUAACAAGAUCAAUGAAAUCAAAUUAUUAGAAAUUUCCUGUAAACAAUGGGAAAUUUCGAAUAUGUUAAAAAAGUAG